AAUAUUUAUCUUGUGAUAACAAUAUUCCUGCGGAGGAAUUGAUUACGGAUGAGGAGAUAAUUGAAGUAAUUCUUGAGGAAAACGAUACACAAGUUGAGAGUAAUACAAAUGAAGAAGCGGAAAUAAGACCAACCAUCUCUCUCCACCAGGCAGUUACUGCUUUGAAAACGCUAACACAAUUUUUACAGUAUUCAACCGGGCCGGAGAUUCAGCGAGAAGACAUUACUGUACUUUAUAGGGUACAGAGAUUAAUGGAAUUAAAAUACACAGAGAGUCUUAAACAGAAAACUUUAGAUAGUUAUGUUAAUAAGGGCUAA